GCACGAAGUAGCACGAUAAAUAUCAAAAAUAAAUUGUUUGAGAGGGACAGUACGAUUAUGACAAUUUCCGAAAACUUUCGUAUGCAUUAACUUAUUUUACAAGUCGUUUAUGAUAGUGUGCGUUUACUCGCUCAAUCGUUAUCGGUAAAAGAGUUUUGAUGCGAUGUUAAAGCGUGUGUUUUCGGGCAAACGAAGGCGACGUCGACCGCCCAUUUCAAAGCCGACACAUUUUCAGCAUAGAGUACACGCUGGUUACGACACUAAGACGGGCAAAUUUGUCGGUUUACCACCACAAUGGGAGCAAUUAAUAAAGAACGAAGGCAGACCGAAGCCCAUUGUCGACCCAGAAGAAAUAACGGAGACAGAAGCGAACAGAAUAACACAGUUUUUUGAGGAGGAUUUUAACGUUCAUAACGAGCAAAAUAAACAAGCGAUAAACGUAUCUCGAUCGAAUUCGCUUCGUGGUUCUUUCAGAAAUCGGGAAGAAGAGCAGCCUAAUUCUCCCAAAGCUAACGGUGGAAGCAAGUCGGUUGAAAAUAUGGCGAGUAAUAAUACUUCGACAACCGAAGCUCCUAAAAGCAUUCUCAAAAAGCGCGGUGCGAAGGGGGCUGGCUCAAAAAAUACAAACACAAAUCAAAACCAAGGUGAUGUCAGACCAACUCCAGCUCCCAGAUCACAUCAUCAGGAUCAGAACGGUUCUGGUGAGAAAACAGCGGAUACUGCUCGAGGCGUCGACGAUCAAAAUGUAUCGAAAUCUAAGUUGAUGUACUCCGACGAGCCGGUCACUCAUGAGCAAUUCCGUCAGGCCUUACAGCAAGUGGUAAAGCCAGGAAAUCCUCGAGAUAUAUUCGAUAGAUUCGUUAAAAUCGGCGAGGGAUCUACAGGCGUUGUCUGCAUCGCAACGGAAAAGCGAACUGGUCGACAAGUUGCCGUUAAAAAGAUGGAUUUGCGACGACAGCAGCGCAGGGAACUGUUGUUUAAUGAGGUGGUGAUAAUGAGAGACUAUCAUCAUCCAAAUAUUGUAGAGAUGUAUGGUAGUUACUUGAUUGAGAAUGAACUGUGGGUUGUCAUGGAGUUUUUAGAAGGCGGAUCACUGACAGAUAUCGUCACUCAUACCAGCUCAUUUAGUUUAACAGAGGAACAAAUUGCACACAUCAGUAAGUCUUGUUUGAAGGCCUUGGCAUUCUUGCAUUCCCAAGGAGUUCUUCACCGCGACAUCAAAAGCGACAGUAUUUUAUUGACAACUUCUGGACAGGUCAAAAUAUCAGACUUUGGUUUUUGUGCCCAAGUCACACAGGAUGUCCCAAAGAGAAGGUCUCUAGUUGGAACACCAUAUUGGAUGGCACCUGAAAUCAUUGCAAGACAGCCGUAUGGACCUGAAUCUGACAUUUGGUCAAUUGGUGUGAUGGUAAUUGAGAUGAUUGAUGGCGAGCCACCUUACUUUAAUGAACAGCCAUUACAAGCUAUGAGAAAGAUUAGAGAUCUGAAUCCACCAACUGUCAAGAAUCCAGCUAAGCUCUCCCCUAGAUUGAAGUCUUUCAUAGAGAAAGCAUUAACUCAUAACCCACAGGAAAGAGGCACCGCAUUAGAUCUCUUACAGCACCCAUUCUUACGACCCUAUAACAAUCCGAACUGUCUCGCUGAACUUAUGAAGUCUUUUAGACAUAGUGUUUGCUGACAUGCUGGGAUGGUAGCAACACUAGAAAAGUCAAUAUUCGUACAUUAAAACGGGCACUUCUUUGUGUAUCUGUUACCCAAUACUGCUCAUACGACCUUUCCUUUUUUGCUGUAACUUGGAAGCAUUUUUGGAAGAGAAUAUUCCCGUGAUAGUAAUGUCAAAUGUAGCUAACAUUAUGUGUAUACCAUUAGUGAUAGAGUAGUUCUAGUGACUGAUUUUCUUAAGUUGUAAAUUGAGGCCUUUCGUGAGUGGGGAUAGAGAUUUUUUAAUUUUUUUUAAGCAAUAAAUGUAAAAUACGAAAUAUCCCCCAAUGGCCGACAAGGUAGUUGAAUAAUGAAGUGAUGUAGUAAUAUAUGGAGUGGCUGUCAUGCCAAAUGAAUAUAAAAUACAAUUUU